CAGACGAAGGCAUGGCGAGCACCGAGGCUAGAAGGGAGUGUGAGACAGAGGGUUGCAGCAAGGACGCCAAACUUCAGUGUCCCACAUGUAUCAAGCUUGGUAUUCAGGGCUCCUAUUUCUGUUCACAGGAAUGUUUCAAAGGGAGCUGGGUGUCUCACAAGUUGCUGCACAAAAAAGCAAAGGAGGACAAGAACCAGAAUGAAUCUAAGAACUGUGUGGAGAAGGACAUCAACACAGACCCAUGGCCAGGCUACCGCUACACAGGAAAACUACGCCCUCACUACCCACUGACUCCCAUGAGGCCUGUGCCCGGUGACAUCCAAAGACCUGACUAUUCUGAUCAUCCCAGAGGGAUAUCUGAGUCUGAGCAGUUUCUGAAGGGGACGUCACAGAUCAAGAUCCUGUCUCCUGAGGACAUUGAAGGCAUGAGAGUGGUGUGCAAGCUGGCAAGAGAAGUCCUGGACAUUGCUGCCAUGAUGGUGAAACCGGGUGUUACAACAGAAGAAAUUGACCACGCUGUGCAUCUGGCUUGUACAGCAAGGAACUGCUACCCUUCCCCGCUCAACUACUACAACUUCCCCAAAUCCUGCUGCACAUCGGUCAAUGAAGUCAUCUGCCAUGGCAUCCCAGACAGAAGACUACUACAAGAAGGAGACAUCCUCAAUGUGGACAUCACAGUCUACCACAACGGUUUCCAUGGUGACCUUAAUGAAACCUUCUUUGUCGGAGACGUGGAUGAAGAAGCAAAGAAACUGGUUCAGACCACAUAUGAAUGCCUUAUGCAAGCCAUCGACUCUGUGAAGCCUGGCAUUCGCUAUAGAGAGUUGGGUAACAUCAUCCAGACGCACGCUAAGGCCAACGGCUUCUCUGUGGUGCGCAGCUACUGUGGCCACGGCAUCCACAGACUUUUCCACACUGCUCCCAAUGUGCCACAUUAUGCCAAAAACAAAGCAGUUGGAGUUAUGAAGCCUGGCCAUGUGUUCACCAUUGAGCCCAUGAUAUGUGAAGGUGGCUGGCAAGACGAGACGUGGCCCGACGGCUGGACGGCGGUGACCAGAGACGGGAAGCGCUCGGCUCAGUUCGAACACACCCUGCUGGUGACGGAGACCGGCUGCGAGAUCCUCACCCGCCGCCCAGAGGACAACGGUCGGGCUCACUUCCUGAGCCAAAUGUAGGCUGGACCUGAACGCACCAAGGACUGGACUUUCCAGACACACACACACACACACACACACACACACACACCCACCCAGGACCUCUGGGCCUCACACACAUGCACAUACACACUCACAAACACACAUUUCAAACAAGAGGCACCACUCCCAGAGCUCAGUUUAACUGUGGCUCUCAUUGUUCUAUGAAUUAAAAGUCGGUUCCUCAAAUUAAAUGGAAGUACUUGAAUGUGUCUUAUAUCAAAUGUGGAUCACUUUAUUAGUGCAAGCGGUAUCCUCUGAAGGACAUAUGAAAGUAUUUAUUAGGUUUUGGUUUUGCUUAGCGGUUGGGUUUGACAUCAGGCCUGUUUUGACCUCUGAGUCGUGUCACCCAGCGUUUUUACUGGCUGGUAAGUUGUUGUCUGUGGUGUCUGGAGCUCAGGGCAAAUCCAACUAGUACCCCGUGCUUUGCUUCUUUUCCUCCAGCCUCUGCUGACUUAAUCACACGUCAUAUGAAUUUCCCAGAGAUGGACUGAAAAGAAUCAGCAAUACUCGGGACAGGGGAGUGUUCCAGGAAACUAGGUGAACAAGUAUCACAACCUCGACAGCUAGCAACUCAAAGCUGGUUUUAGAUGAAGAAAAUAACACAAGGCUGAAAAAUUUCCUCAAUUUAAGUUUAGAUCUCAGGCAGCAGAAAUCAUCCCCUGGCAGCCAUAUUGGAUAUCUUCAGAGCUGAACAGCACACGUAUUUAAAGCAGCAGCAGAUGUUUUUGGAAACAGGUGAGAUGUUAGAUGAGAAGAUCAAUACCUCUCUCAUAUCUGUCCCUUAAACAUGUAGCUACAACCAGGAGGCAGUUAGCUGAGCAUAAAGACAGGAAGCCUGGGAAAACGGCACUGGCUCAGUACAAAGCCCGAAACAGUUGCCAAUCAGCACCCCAAAAACUCAGUAAUUGAUGCAUUAUAUCUCAUUUGUUCAAGCCAUGCGACCAGAUGGUUACGUAUGCUCGGCCAAGAGAUAAUCUGGCACAACCCCUUAUUAAAACCACAAUUUGUCAUGUUUACAAAGUCUAUAGAUAAAACAAAUAGACUCAAUGUGUUAAUCAGUGAGCUUUAGAGUUGCUGGUAGGUGGAUUUUACUACCUUCAGACAGAGCCAGGCUAACUGUCCUUAUUCUAAAAUAGACUAAACUAAGAUUAUCGCCUCCUGGCUGGAGCAAAAUCAACACAUUUCCCAAGAUAUUGAACUGAUUUCUCUUACAGUUUUGAAAGGAAAAUGAUCAAUAAUCAGUUGAUUUAUUGCUUAAUGUCAGCCCGUUGGUAAGCUCAUCAGUAGCAGGUCACUUUUCACUAUUGUAUGAACCUGUUGACGUGUCCAGUAGAUGCAGUCAGACUCAGCUGUCGUAGCCUGAAUGUGGCUAUUGUUAGUGCACUGUCAGUUUUCCAGUAGAGGACGUCAGAUCUGGUUGCUAGGAGAAUUGUGACGCAACCACAGAGCAUAUACGUAGAUAUCCAGGAUGAGAAUAAUGACUUUGAGCACAAAAUCGUUGAUGCGCUGACCUUGUUAAUCCGGCUUUGAGGAACACUCAUGCAGUGUCUCGUGUUUCCAGUUGCCCUGGUGUAGCAAACUGAGCCUUAAUGUGUGAAUCUAGGAAUUAAAACUUUGUGUAUCCCUCGAGGCACGUGAACUGAUGUUUCCCCUUACCGUGACAUUCACUAUUUACCUUGAUGUGGGGAUUCUCAUGGUGUGAGCAGCAGUCAUUAUUUCUACAUUUUCAGAGGACUUAUGUGAUCACAGUUUCUCUGCCAUCUUUGUAUUUCUUCUAAUGGAGUAAUAAAUGACUCUUCUGUA